CGGAGAGCCGUGAACGGAUGUUUCCGGUAUGACCGUUGUUUGACAGACCAGGACGGACCGUCGCUUUCAGUGGCUGUUGUUGAUGGCCCAGCUGUGUGUUGAGGUAGAAUGGGACAGAGCGCAUCGGACCCAGAGUCCGCAGAACCUCCAGAGACGGACAGAUUUGGAAACAUCAAGAGUUUAGUGGAGGAUCAGCUGCAGACCAGCAUGGUGGUGGGGAUUGUAAUCGGCGCUGGAGUCGCCAUCGUUCUCAUCGCCGUCCUCAUAUUUUUUGUCUUGCGCCGGAUGCAGCUCCGCAAACUGGAGGCUCAGGAAGUCCCAAAGUAUCGAUUUCGUAAAAGAGACAAAGUGUUGUUUUAUGGGAGGAAGAUCAUGAGGAAAGUGUCUCAAUCCACCUCUUCUCUUGUUGGCGCCACAUCCUCCACCAGACCGCGUCUCAAAAAGAAACAGAAGAUGCUGAACAUUGCCAAAAAGAUCCUGCGCUUUAAAAAGGAAGUGCCCACUUUACAGAUGAAGGAACCUCCUCCGUCAGUGCUGGAAGCAGAUCUCACUGAAUUUGAUGUAGCUAAUUCUCAUCUACCCUCUGAAGUGCUCUACAUGCUCAAGAACGUGCGUGUGUUGGGACACUUUGAGAAGCCGUUGUUUCUGGAGCUGUGUAAGCACAUGGUGUUUCUGCAGUUCCAGCAGGGUGAAUAUGUCUUCAGGCCUGGUCAGCCUGAUAGCAGCAUAUAUGUAGUACAGGAUGGCAAGCUGGAGUUGUGUCUUACUGGACAGGAUGGGAAGGAUGGGGUGGUUAAAGAGGUUUACCCUGGAGACAGUGUUCACAGUCUACUAAGCAUCCUUGAUGUCAUCACAGGUCACCAGAGACCUUACAAAACGGUCUCAGCGCGAGCAGCUGAAGUGUCCACUGUCCUCAGACUGCCUGUGGACGCCUUUCUGUCCAUCUUCGAGAAAUACCCAGAGAGUCUCGUGCGAGUUGUUCAGAUCAUCAUGGUGCGUCUUCAGAGAGUGACUGUUCUGGCUCUGCACAAUUACCUGGGGCUCACCAAUGAACUCUUUAGCCAUGAAAUGCAGCCUCGUUCCUCUCCUCUCUCUCCUCAUCCGACUCGCUCCAGUCCUGUUCGACACAGCAAACGCUUCGGCAGUCUGACUGUUCCUGAUAAACACCGUGAGGCGGCUGUCCAAAAUGCUACUGGUGGGGAUCAUGGCAAGGAUGGCGGCACAAUUCCGACUCUGAGUAGAACCAUAUCAAUGCCUGUAGACAUUGCAGGAAUGCAGAAGAGUCUGCGUUCAGAUUUCGACAUGGCAUACGAAAGAGGUCGUAUCUCUGUAUCUGCAGAGGAUGGAGUGCCUGCUUUCACAAAGGAGCAACGGGAGAGAAAAGUGACCGUGGAUGAGGUGCCUUCUGGUGUGUAUUUGUAUCCUGAGGAAGAAUCAGGGAUGGACAUUUUUAGCCCAUUUCAAGGAAGACCAAAUGCUACUGUGUUCGAGGAGGCCCAGAAGGAGAUCCUCAGACUCAUGAAGAUCGAGGACCCUUCGCUACUCAAUGGGAGGGUGACAUUUCAUCAUGCUAAAGCUGGAUCUGUUUUAGCCAGACAGGGAGACCAGGACGUGAGUCUGCAUUUUGUCCUCUCCGGCUGUCUUCACGUCUACCAGAAGAUGAUCGACAAGCAAGAAGCCGUGUGUCUGUUUGUGACCCAGCCAGGUGAGAUGGUGGGUCAGCUGGCUGUGCUCACAGGAGAGCCGCUCAUCUUCACCAUCAAAGCGGAGCGAGACUGCACCUUCCUCAAGAUAUCCAAAUCCGAAUUCUAUGAGAUCAUGCGUGAGCAGCCAAGUGUAGUUCUUAGCGCAGCUCACACUGUAGCUAUUCGCAUGUCAGCAUUUGUGCGACAGAUGGAUUUCGCCAUUGACUGGAUGGCUGUUGAAGCUGGACGAGCCUUGUACCGGCAAGAUGAUCAGUCCGACUGCACUUAUAUUGUACUAAAUGGACGAUUGCGUUCUGUCAUUCGAAAAGCGAAUGGUAAAAAGGAGCUGGUCGGAGAGUACGGGCGAGGAGAUCUCAUAGGCGUGGUGGAGGCUUUGACGCGGCAGCCUCGUGCCACUACAGUCCAUGCGGUCAGAGACACUGAGCUGGUGAAGCUUCCAGAAGGAACGCUCAACAAUAUUAAAAGAAGAUACCCGCAGGUAGUGACGCGGUUAAUCCACCUGCUGGGACAAAAGAUUUUGGGAAAUCUCCAACAGCCCCGUGGACCUUUCUCAAGCUCUGCUCUGGGUCUGCCCAGCAUGGCGUCCAGUCCAGACGUCACUAACCCAGCCAGUAAUCUCUCAACUGUGGCCGUGCUUCCGGUUUGUGAUGAGGUGCCAAUCAAUGCCUUCAAUUUGGAACUUAGCCAUGCCCUCAGCGCCAUAGGACCAACCCUGUUGCUAACCAGUGACAUCAUCAGAGAAAGACUAGGGGCUUCUGCUUUGGACAGUAUUCAUGAGUACAGGUUAUCAGGUUGGUUGGCUCAGCAGGAGGACAUUAAUCGUAUAGUGCUGUAUCAGACGGACAGUGGAAUGACCCCAUGGACUCAACGCUGCAUCCGACAAGCUGACUGCAUCCUCAUUGUGGGGCUUGGAGACCAGGAACCUGCACUUGGAGAGUUGGAGCAGAUGUUGGAGAACACAGCAGUGCGGGCUCUGAAACAGCUUGUUUUGCUGCACCGUGAGGAUGGUCCGGGCCCGUCAAGAACAGUCGAAUGGCUGAACAUGCGAAGUUGGUGUUCUGGACACCUUCACCUGAAGUGCCCUCGUAGAGUCUUCUCACGAAGAAGCCCAACAAAACUGAGAGAGGUAUAUGAAAAAGUGUUUGAGAAGACUGCAGACAGACACAGUGAUUUCUCACGGUUGGCCAGAGUACUCACAGGAAAUAGCAUCGCCCUCGUGCUCGGAGGAGGCGGAGCUAGGGGUUGCUCUCAUGUUGGUGUAAUCAAAGCCAUGGAGGAUACAGGAAUUCCCAUCGAUAUAGUGGGAGGAACCUCCAUUGGCUCAUUCAUUGGUGCUCUGUAUGCAGAGGAGAGAAGUGCUGUUCGGGUCAAGCAGAGAGCGAGAGAGUGGUCCAAGGCCAUGAACUCUGUGUUCAAAACAGUUCUGGAUCUUACUUAUCCAAUCACGUCCAUGUUCUCGGGCUCUGCCUUCAACACCAGCAUCUCCAAAGUCUUUGAGGACAAACAAAUUGAGGACUUGUGGCUGCCUUACUUCAACGUGACCACAGAUAUCACAGCUUCUGCUAUGCGUGUUCAUAAAGAUGGCUGUGUUUGGCGCUAUGUUAGAGCCAGUGCCUCCUAUACCCCUUAUCUGCCUCCUCUCUGCGACCCCAAGGACGGCCACCUCCUCGUGGAUGGUUGCUAUGUUAACAAUGUCCCAGCGGACAUAGCUCGUACUUUGGGCACGAAAACUGUCAUUGCCAUUGAUGUGGGCAGCCAGGAUGAGACUGAUCUCUGUAACUACGGCGACUGUCUUUCUGGCUGGUGGCUGCUAUGGAAACGAAUCAACCCGUGGGCAGAGAAAGUGAAGGUACCUGACAUGGCUGAAAUCCAGUCCCGUUUGGCCUAUGUGUCCUGUGUACGGCAGCUGGAACUAGUCAAGAAGAGUGCAUACUGCGAAUACAUUCGCCCACCCAUCGACCGCUUCAAGACCAUGGAUUUUGGGAAAUUUGAUGAAAUCUAUGAUGUGGGUUAUCAACAUGGCAAACUGGUGUUUACCGAGUGGGCUCGUGGGGACAUUAUUGACAACAUGCUGAAAGAUCAUCGAUCAGCUGACUAUAAUGACAGCAAGAAGACGGACUCAUGUCCUUGUCCUAGUGCAGACUUCACUGAUCUAGCUGAAAUCGUGUCCAGGAUUGAGCCUGUGCAGAGCUAUGUAGGAGCCGAUGCAGAGGAGUCUGACUAUGCAACAGAGUACGAGGAAGACGGUAUGGACACAGUGAGAGAAGAAGAAGGUGAGGAAGAGGAGGAGGAGGGCGAAGAUCCUGAGGAUCAGUCUCCUGGAGAUUGGGGACCAAACGGGGUCUUCCCACCAGAUGAAGAUAAGACAGUCCGUCAGAGGAAAAACGUUUAUAGGGACCCCAACGCUGACUUUUCUGGAGUGUCAGAUUGUUGAAAAAGGAGUAAUGCAGAGUCAAGAGGUCAAAGGGCACUGGAAAGAGAAGUCGUCGUGCCCCAAGGGCUGAAGAGUUUAAAGACAGAUACAGAAGAAAGGACUUCAGCUGAAUGAAUAAGAUUGUUGUGAAGUCACCAAAGAUACUGUGAUUUCGAACCAUUAACACUACUUUACCUACAACUUGUCACCAAAACUGUUACUCCCUCUAUUGUCAUUUUGCCUUUGGGAUAUUUUUUUGCCUCAAGACUCUGCAACAACGAGGUCCAGGGACUACCACGUCAUAGGAACCACUGCUUGAGAUACUGUGCACCGAAAUUAGGGGCUGUACGUCUUUGAAAUAUCUAAAUAGAGUUUCAUGAUGAUGUCUGCAGUGGCGGCCAGUAUACCACUACCCCUGAGUUCUGGUUGACUCGUCUGUUUCCAGAUGGUACCAGUUCAGUACAGAUAGUGUGUAGUGAGUGUGUCUGGUUGGAUAUUUUAAUUUAAUUUAAUUUACAUUUACAUGAGGGUGUGUUUGCAUGUGUGUAUGACUGAAACCAAAACCUUCAUUGGCAACUUCUCCCAUGGAAUGCCUUCUAGACUGAAAGUGGUUUCUCAGGAUGCAUUUUUCAAGAUCUGAAGCUGAGAAAUAGACUGUGCAGAUACAGGAAGAGUUGAGCGAGUGAUUGUGCUGCAUAGGGUCCUAUCAUUUCCAUUAAAUUUACAUUUGCACAUUAGUAGGGUGUGAAAGCAGGAGAGAGAUGAAGUGACAGCAGUAGAUGCCCACAGCUGAGAGCAAGGAAGGAAGACUAGUAGAUGGUGAGGAAGUUGGAAUUUUAGAAAGAUGAAGAGUAGGAUCAGUAGUAGGCAAAGAAAUGGGAUGUUUGCCUAAAGGGUGAGGAUGUGAAAGAAGCUAAAAAGGAAGAGGGCAAAAAAGUGAGAGUGGUAGUGAGGGAGGAAGUGAGAGCGGUAGUGAGUUAGUAAAUGUGUGUGUUAUUAAGCCAUUAAGUGAGAGUAGUAGCGAGUGAGGAAGAAAGAGUGUUAGUGAGUGAGGAAGUAAGAGUGGUACUGAGCGAGAAAGUGACAACAGUAGUGAGUUAGUAAAUGAGUGUGUUAGUGAGCCAGGAAGUGAGAGCAGUAGUGAGUUGGUAAAAGAGUGUGUUGGUAAGCCGGGAAAUGGGAGUGGUAGUGAGUUAGUAAAUGUGUGUGUUAGUAAACCAGGAAGUGAGAGGGGUUAGUGAGCAAGAAAGAAAGAGUGGUAGUGAGUGAGGAAGUGAGAGUGGUAGCGAGUUAGUAAAUGAGUGUGUUAGUGAGCCAGGAAGUGAGAAUGGUAGUGACUGUGGAAGAAAGAGUGUUAGUGAGUGAGGAAGUAAGAGUGGUAAUGAGUUAGUGAGCCAGGAAGUGAGAGCGGUAAUGAGUUAUUAAAUGAGUGUGUUAGUAAGCCAGGAAGUGAGAGUGGUAGUCAGUUAGUAAAUGAGUGUGUUAGUGAGCCAGGAGGUGAGAGUCGUAGUGAGUGAGGAAGUGAGAGCGGUAGUGAGCGGGGAAGAAAGAAUGUUAGUAAUUAUUUUAGUAUGUUAGUAGAAGGGUGUUAGUAGAAGAGUGUUAGUGAGCGAGGAAGUGUGAGCGGUAGUGAAUUAGUAAAUGAGUGUGUUAGCAAAGCCGUUAGUGAGCAAGGCAGAAAGAGCGGUAGUGAGCAAGGAAGAGAGAGCGGUAGUGAGUUAGUAGAGUGCAUUAGUAAGCCAGGAAGUGAGAACGCUAAUGAGUUCGUAAUAGAGUGUGUUAGUAAGCCAGGAAGUGAGAGCGGUAGUGAACGAGGAAGAAAGAGUGUUAGUAAGGGAGGAAGAGAGCGGUAGGAAGUUUGAGUGGUUGUGAGAAAGGAAGUGUGUUAGAAAUCAUGGAAGAGACUGAGGAAGUGAGAGCGGUAGUGAGCAAAGAUGCGAGUGGUUGUUGACCGGUGUGUUAGUAAACAAGGAAAUGAAUGCAAAUAGCAGGGAGCUUUCGCAAGGAGUUUCAUAAAUGCCAAAAAAUAUCUUAUGUGGAUUUGAAUAGGUGUUUUACCUGCCUGUAUGUUUUCAGUUUUUCAGAGCUACUUGUGCUUCAGGUAGACAAGAUGAAUGCCUUAUUUUGUUAUUGCACAUUAACAAAGCAAAAAAAGAGUGAAAAUGAACAAAAACACCUGUAAUUUCAUAGCAGACAUGAAGAUGUGGGGAGUUCAAAUGAUUAUUUUGCUGCGAGUGUCAGGGAAGCAGUAUCCAAUACUGGAAGACAUUUUCCUUUCUCUUAAAAGCCAAAUGUCGUCGUUCCCAUUUUCACCUAAAGUUGUCCAUAAUCAAUGUAUAUAUCCCUAAACCCUCACUAAGAUGUACAAAUUACUCAACCAUUAAUGCUUUUGCUUUGUUUCAGUCUUUUUACACUGAGACAUCUUUGUUUUGUAUGUUCGACAGACUGAAAGGAUUGCCAACUACUAUUUAAUUUAUUGGUUUUACCACUGGCUUUUUUUAAACAACACUUUAGAGAUUAUAAAGAAUAACGAUAUGUGGUUUCUGAUUUUGCUUGAUUAGCAUUUUUGCACUGAUGAUAAUGGAAAAACAAUAUAUUGAAUGUCUUUAUUGUUUAAUAAAAGAGGAGUCUGGGAUUCAGACAUUGGAAAUGAAAGCUGAAUGAGGUUAUAAUGAAUAAUAAAAUCUUAUUUAAUGCCA